AUGAUAGAAGAACACACUAGACAUGAAACUGAGAGUGUUAAAGUCAAGGCAGAGUUAGAGAAAAAUAAAUCUGCUACCGCCAACCUCAUUGCUGAGAAUGCUGAGCUUAGAGACAGAGUCACAAAAUUGGAACAGAAGCAGACACCAAAUGAUGCUAUGCACAGAUUUUGCCGAGCAAGGGAUCAAAGCUCCUUGACACCCGGAAUUUCUAUUACUAUCAGUCUGUUCAAGCAUAAAUCGUUAGAAGAUAUAGAAACUGAUAAUUUUCUGGAUAUGCAGAGUAAGGAAGAGGUUAGUAAUAUGAUGAUAAAGAGGAAUAGAGAAAAGAAGCUUCAAACUCAAGAGCUACAUAGUACACCCUUGCCAAUAUCAAUUCCACUGAUACCAUCCGAAGUAUCAAUUUCUAAUAUUUAUAAUGGAGAUAAUUCAUCCGACAAAACAUCUCAGCACCAAUUUCCUUUGUCAAGAUUGCACAAGAAAAAGGAAACAGAAAAUAUCGCUCAAGUGAUAGUUGAUGGCAUUCAGGAUAAUAAUAAUCUUUUAAAUGAAUCGAAGAUGAGACAUAGUCUCGAGGCUUUGCCUCUUCAAAGCUUUGCUUCUUCAAACUAUGUUACUGAAAUUUUGACGAUGGUCCUUCACCAAAAUUCUUCUACAGUCUUGUUACUUGAUUUAGCACAAUUAUUUGAUAAGGCAACUGAUGCUGAAUAUAGCACUAUAAAAGCUAACCAGGAAGAAACCUUAUGUUGGAUUAACUAUGGAAAUGAGUUCAUAAUUCAAUAUAAUGAUAUUAUAAAAAAUAGCAAUGGCAAAAUUGGCAAGAAAAAAGCAAAAAGUAUAAUUUAUGAUAAAAUAUUAGAGCAUCUCAUUAUUAUCCGUAAAAGAAGGUUCAAGAAAAUGGAAUUACAGCUCCCAGAAAUUUCGUGUAAAACUUUAUGCAAAAAGACCCAAAAGGUUAUAAGGACUUAUAAAUUAUUUGACAAAAUAGGUAUAGAUAAAAUUAAGUAUCUUAAAGCAUAUAGUGCAAAUUCUAUUUCAGAAUUGACCAACGAACAAAUUCAAAAGAUAAUUGAUAAUAUUUCUAAUUAUAAGUCUAAUAUAGGAAAUCACAUAACUGAAAUUUUAACAUUGGCCUGUCACCAAAAUUAUACAACCGAAAUUGUAAGUACUUUACCAGAAACUGAGGUAAGUGCAUUUUCUAAGAAGUUAUCACUGAAAAAAUCAUCAGAAAUGAUUUCAGAGGAAUCAAGCGUAUCAUCCAAUCCAAUCCAUGACCAUGCUUACUUUCGUAAUAAGAUACUGUUGCGAUAUUCUGAUCUAUAUAAAGCAUUUAUUACUGAAAAAUUUGAUCAUUAUGGAAUUAUUGAGGGUUCAUUAUGUCCAGUAUGUAAACUAAAUUAUGAUGAGAAAAGUGUAAAAGGUAGAUACAAGGCUGGAUCUUAUUUUAUUAUAUGUGGAAAGCAAGAAAUCAAAAUGACAGAAUAA